CCUUCAUCGACUGGAGUUUCUGUCAUGGGCGACAGCUCUCAUAGUUUGGUUAUGGAUUCAGAAGUCAAGUUGGAUGAUGAUAAUCAUGUGCUGGUAGAAGCUUCGGCUGAUUUGCCCUUGCGAGAAACAGCCUCGUAUGAUUUAGAAGGUCAGAAUGAGAAUGGUUUCAUUGUGGGUGAAAAUAGCUUCUCGGAAACUGAAGAUUCCAGUACGGAAUAUGAUUCGUGUCGUUCGGAAGAUCCAACUUUCGAUUCUGGAAACCAUAGCCAAAGGCCUUUGGAAACUUCAACCAACGCAUCCUUGGGGGAAAAUGGUUUAAAUGGUGGAGAUGAGAUGGUGAACAUAGCUAUAGAAUCUGCUGAAGGUUUGCUUGCUAAGGGAGAAACUGAGGAAAACGGUUUAAAUGGUGGUGAUGAGAUGGUGAACGUAGCUUUAGAAUCUGCUGAUGAUUUGCUCAUUGAGGGAGAAACCUGGGAAAAGGGUUUAAAUAGUGGGGAUGAGAUAGUGGACAUAGCUAUAGAAUCUUCUGAUGAUUUUCUUGUUGCGGGAGAGACCUCGCAAAAUUUUCAGUUCGAGGAUAACAAUGUGGCCACAGAGGAUACCUCAUCAGCUGAAGUAUUCAUUAUAGAAAAUGACUACAAGAGUUCGAAUAUUGAUUCAGCUCUCAGUUCCAAUGAUGAUAGUUCUGUGCCCAUAGAACUUUCAUCUUUGUCAUUGGAGGAAAGAGUGGCAAAUUUUAUGCAGUAUGGACACCUAGAUACAGUUGAAGAGGAUCAAUUUGUGACUUAUACUUCAGAGCACUCAGAGAAAGUGCCUAAUGGAGGUAAUGGUGCUAUCACGUCGAAUGAAAGUGCAGAAAAGUCUUUGCAACUUGUCCCUUCUACGACAGGAAACAGUCCUUUUAGGGACGAUGAUUUAUCAGCUGAAAGACAAAGUGCUCAAUUCAGCAAAAAUCUAGAUGUUAAGACAAGCAAAAGGGAGAACCGAGUUGAGAUUAGUCAUCUGAAGUUCAUGCUGCAUCAGAAGGAGUUGGAGCUAUCUCGGUUGAAAGAACAGAUUGAGAAAGAAAAGCAUGACUUGUCAGUUUUGCAAGCCAAUGCUCAGUCAGAAAUCAGCAAAGCACAACAACUUAUCUCAGAAAAAGAUGCAGAGUUACAUGCUGCUGAGGAAACCCUUUCAGGACUAGUGGAGGUUCAUAUUCAAUACCACGGGGAUGGUGAUAUUGUGGAGGUUGCUGGUAGCUUUAAUGGCUGGCAUCAUUGGAUCAAAAUGGAUCCGCAACCAUCAUCAAGCAUCAUAGAUUCUGUUGGACCCAGGAAAUCCAAAAUUUGGUCAACUGUGCUGUGGCUUUAUCCUGGGGUAUACGAGAUAAAGUUCAUUGUUGAUGGCGAGUGGAAGAUUGAUCCACAGAGAGAAUCAGUAACCCGUGGCUACAUAUGUAACAACAUUCUCCGAGUUGACAGAUGAAUAAUUUUGGCAAGGUGGAACCAUAGCAAUAAGUCUAGCAUGGAGGUUCCGGAGCACAAAUAAUGAAAGCAGUAAAAGAGUCUUCUUUUUAGUGGAAGGUGUCAAGGUUUAAGGGAGACAUGAAGCAUACAAGACCGCGCAGAUUAUGGAUCAAGAAGCGACGAGAUUUAGCCUGUGAAUGGUCGCCUUUGGUUUGUUCCUGCUCAGACAACGAUAUUAUCAACCUUACUGGUUAAAGCUGGCUUGUAUGGCCGCGUAUGACCUCCUAAUGAAGAAGACAUUUAACCGGCUACCCUUGUACAUAAAUAAGGUUGAAAACUCCUUGCGAUUAGCUUUCUCACUAGCAAUGAAAUUUUUUUGGGUAGUAGUAGUAGCAGGUUAUAGACUGUUGUUAAGAGCAUGUAAAUGUCCUUUACUACCAAUCAAUAAAAA